AUGGAUGUGGAUGAAACGAACGCUUGGCUAGAGGAACUUCUUGGGUUCAGGGCUGAUGGCUCCCGUGCCAUGCUGGGGACAUGCUGUGAUGCGGGCCAAAGACCAUCGGCCAGUGAAGGUGAGGUGCCAUGCUGCAAAGUCGUCGGACUUGCCAAAGCCCUGGUCAAAGAUGGUGUGGGUGCCUCACAGAGCCAGCUCAUUGAGGACUUGUCCAAAAUAAAAGAGAAGGAUGCAGAGGGAAAGACUCAUGAUGUACUCUCAAAACAUGCCCUCACCUUGCCAAUCCCCAUACGGGAGAUUUUCGGCAAACCAGAGCUAGAAGGGUUCCCUCGCCUAAAGCCCAUCGACUUCUUACACUACAUGGCAGAGUCGGGUCAUUUGAACAAGCUGCUGGGAGGAAGGUCCAUUGCGGCUAGUGGUAGGAUUCUUCUGCAAUUUUGGCAGAACUUCAAGGGCAUACAUCCAGACUUUGAGCUCUGGGACCUGGUAGAGGACUCUGACAUCAACCUAGCAGAUUGCAUCCCAAUCCAUGCCCACAUGGACGGUGGCCGUGGUUACAAGAAGUCGGAGUCCAAAGGCACCGCAGACGUGGACGAGGCUCUGGAGGAGGCACCGAGCGCGAAGCGGAGAGUCAUCAGUGGCCACGACGGGCCGUUGCGCAUGGCGGACUUCGACUUUGCUGCCCGGCGCUUCCUGGGCGAGCUCCGCAGCCGCGACCGCGCGGAUGGGGGUGCGAGGUUUUCGGAGGCCAUGGACAUGGUCUUGAAGUACACCUCAACCAAGGACAGAAGCUCGGUCCGGAAGUGGACCGCCUAUGCAGCUUGGGCGGAUCAGGAAGUCCAGAUGGCGGCAAUUCCAACCUACCAGAAAGAAGAAGUAAAGGCAUUGGCCGAGCACGCCGCUUUUCUUUGCAGAAAGAGGUCAGCGAAGGUCAACGGACGACCUAGGAUCAGCAAUGAAGCGGCCGAGGAGAUGUCCUUGAACUGGGGAGCAGAAGAUGCUGAAGAUGAGCUCUACUCCCGUGCGCCCAGGUCUAGCGAUUCGGUGGCCUCUGUCUUGUUCGUGGUGUCCUCUUCUGCUGCUGCAUGGGUGGUGGGCAAAGCAGGCCGCACAGUCAACGAACUCCGGGCCAAGAGCGGCGCGUCGCUCGAGGUGGCGAGGACCGGCGGCCCGCUACGGAUCAUCGAAAUCCGUGGCAGCAGUAGCGAGCGGCGAAAGGCUGUGGAGCUCCUUUUGGACACCAUUCAGGAGCUUCCAGCGAGUCCACCGCGCGAGACGCAGUUGCUGGCGCCGCCCAGCGCUGUACUGGAGAUGAGUCGCUUGCAGCACAAGACCAAUGCACGGGUGCAGGUGGAGAAGCUUGGCCCUGAAGGCGCGGAUGGCUUCGGUACUGGCUCUGGAUGCCGUUUGAUCAUCCUGUCAGGCCCUCGCGAGGCGGUCAAAGAGGCGGCACUCCAGGCCGCCGCCAUGCUGGGCCAAGCUUCAACACAUUCAGCCCCGACUGCGAGCAUGCAGGCCACAUGCUCCAACUGUGGCGCCCUUUUCGAUGAUGACGCGGCCUUUUGCAAGAAAUGCGGGCACAAGCGAGCAGAGGCUCGGCGCUCGGCACGUUCGGUGUCUCCUGUCCCCUCCGUGAGAGCCUUGAGCGUGGGCGCGGCCGGCCGAAGAAGCAGCCUUCCUUCCAGCGAUGGGGAGACUCAGUUGCUGAAGGCGCUGCUGGCCGGACCGAUGCCACAAACAGCACGUUUGGAGCUCCUGUUGCCCGGCGACUUCGUACGCUUGUGCCUGGAGUCGGGGAGUCACUUGCAGACCGUCGCGCUACGCACCGGAAGCCACGUGGAGUUGGCACCACCUGGGCCGGAGCCCAUGCGCAUGGUCACCGUGAGCGGCACCAUGUUGGCCAACUCGGUGGCCGUGCUACAACUCCAAGAACUCCUUCAGCAGUAUCAAGGCUUUUGA